UAUGGCAGUAUGGCAAGAACAGCGCCUCGACAUGGCCGCGAGGAGAAGAUUGCUACUCGUGAUAUUGGCCUCGAAUUUUUUACCGGGAAAAUUGGCAGUCGACGGAUAUUCGAAACCGUGUCCAACAGCGGCGAUUGUGAACCGUACCGAAAAGAGGGGUGAAUUUCUGGCAGAAAAUGGAACGCAGUUUGAAAAGGACUGUAUCUGCAACUGGAAAACCUGCUUGCCACUCUGCUGCCCCUUGGGGCAAGCGAAAAGCGAGAGUAACAGCUGCGUUGAAGACAGUUUGGACGUAAAUUUGACAGACAUUCUUCUUCAUUCGCACGGAGAAAUGAGGCUGGAUAAGCUUCAUCCCUUCAAUCUUGAUCCUUGCGGUCUUGAAUCGGCGCAUUACCGAGUUUCGAUGGCGUUCGGUUUGCUCGAAAACGGUUCGUUGUACCUUUCGGAUUAUAGCAACGAAACUGUCGACGUUGGAAUGUACUGCCUGUAUCGCGAUAUCGAAUCGCCGAUUUAUUCGGCGAAACUCUGUCGUCCGAGGAAAUCGCAAAGUUUGCCGUGGCUCAUCGGAUGCAUCGUUUGCGCCUUCUUCGCCUUGGCGACCUUCAUUGUUUACACCGUCGUCCCGGAGCUUAGAAACCUUCAUGGACUCAUUUUCCGAUUAUAUUUGGCCUCGUACAUCGGCUGCAUAAUCAUGGCUCAGUCCGGUCUCAAGCUCAUAACCGAUCUGAAAAACUACAAGGAGAUAAUUCACGCAUUCGUCGGAAUCUAUUUUUGCCUCACUUGUGCAUUGUGGCUGAACGUGAUGAGCUUCGACAUUUGGUGGACACUGCGAAGCCUCGCACCCAUUCAGAGCAAUGUCAAAGAAAGAGAGAGAAAAAGGUUACGAUGGUAUAUGGCUUAUGCUUGGUUAGGCCCUGGGGUCCUGAUGAUCGUUUUUUGUUUCGUUGCGUUGGUUGGAAACAUUCGCAGUAAAACAGUCAGCUUGUGCUUUUUGGUUGGGCCCAUUGUUACAGCAGGCAUUUGCAACACAUGUUUAUAUAUUGCUACAGCCAUAACAAUAAUCCGGCGUAGAAAAGACACGUCACACCUGGUCGAUGGAGUCAAUAAACACCACCAAGAAAAUGUACAAUGGUUCAACUUGUAUUUGAAGCUUUUCGUAGUGAUGGGAGGACCGAUGAUCUGGUUAGCCGCGACCGUAACGAGGCGCAGUCUAACUUACAAAAUGUCGGCGUUGGUGGACGUGCUUCAAAUGUCGCAGUGCAUAAUGGUGUUCAUUAUAUUCGUAUGGAAAGACGACGUAAAACGGUCACUCCGACGACUAUAUGCCCGAACCAUGCAUAAGCUUCCAUCUUCUCUCCGAGCUGACCGGAUACACACCACAGUGAAUUGAUUUUCAAAAAGUAAGAGCUUUUAUACCUAUAAAUGACGUACCGCGUUGAUGAGGAUUAUUUUUAGAAAAUUUCAGAAAUUUCUACAAAUUUACUCAGAACGGAUUUCUCACAUUUCCCUAAUAUUUGUCAAAAGUCUCUGUAACUUUGACGAUUCGUCAGGACUUUUUCUAAAUGUUCUCAUUUCUAUGUAGAAAAUUCAUUUCGACAUAUUUAUUCAAUAACCUUGAUAUUUUUUCAACAUUUCUGUGGAAAGUUGUCGUAAUUUGUACAGUUUUGUUGUAAAAAUUCUUCUACAGAUGUGACUAGUAUGCCUCGAUCUGACAGUUUUUCUGCGAGCUGACCGGUUCGUAUUUAAUAACGAGCGACUUUUUCAACGCGUAUUUCACUCUCUAUUUAUGCCUACCUCAAUGUAAUAAAAUUAAACUGUGAUCUCUUUCGCUGAGUUUUCCGUCCCAUUAUAUUCGUAUCAGUUUGCUAAAACCGAGGCUAAAACAAUCAGCUGAUCACUCGGUGUGCGGCCAUAUUACUCUAGCCAUGCUUAUCCCUGAUAAAAAUUCCGGAAAGCGAAACGGUCUGUUUUUACAGAAAUCUAUCCAGAUCCUAUAAGAAUAAUAAUAUAGACCAGACUGAUUAACCCAUCUGGAAUUUUCAUCAGGGAUGCUUCGGGUACCAAAAAUACUUCACAAUUUCAGACUUCGGAAUUGUGCGUUGUUGAGUGUUAUAAUUUUUGUACUAUUAUAAUAAUAAAGACGAUGUGAAUCAAAACAAUUGAAUAUUCUUAUUGCCUUACCCGUCCCGUUCUCGUAUGGCAUCGUCUCUAAAUUAAGUAAAGUUUUUUUGGGGUUAGUAGUGAGAGAAAAAUGAUAAAUAAUCAUAAAUCAUAUUACCAAUCUGAAUAAAUCUGUGUUUUAUCAUGGCUAGUAACAUUCCGUUUUACUCAAAUUGUGAUGAUGUAUGUAAUAUGUUUCAAUUUUCUUGGAUUAUAAUUAAAUCCGAUGAAGUGUCUUACAAUUGAUAAAAUUUGUGGACGUGAGAAUAUGAAUAUAUCAUCCUUAAAAUUAUUUUCGGGAUAGUAAAGGCGGGUAAAUAAAAUAAUUGAUCUUUCUGUAUAAAUGUAUUGUUUACUAAAAACACAAGACACAAAUAUAGAGGCAUUGCAAAUAAUUCUUAAAUAUGUGACUAAGCAACAAUACAUAUAUGUAUAUAUAUAUAUAUAUUAUCGUGAUUUCUGCACUUAUUUUAAUGCGGAUGAAAAAAAUAUACUGGUAAAUUUAGCUAAUAUACUCAAUAAUGAAUGCAGAAUUUCACACGAUUUCAUACAAUCAAUAGAUAAGUUCAUCGAAAAAAUAUAUGUAUUUCGGUAACAGGAAUUUAAUGUUACUAUUGCUUGUUUUUCACUUCGAUUAAACAAUCUCUGUGUUACAAGCAAUAUGAUGCCUCGUGUAACGUAGCAACUGCUCUAUUAUCAUAACAACUCUGUAUAUUGUGAAAAGAAAUUCUAUGGCACCUUGAAUACACCCACGUUAAAUUCAAUCUACGUAUUCAUUUCCUACUCCUCCACCCUUGGUCAUAGCUGCAUUGGUUGCAACACUUUGGAUUAUUCAGAUUUUUGAAAAGAAAAGGGUCUUGAAUUCGAUAUGCCCAAAUCAACGUUUCGCUUCAAUUAUGUGAUUAGUUUAUACGAUUAACAAUGUAAAAUGAAUAAAAGAAGGUGAAACCGGUGAUAAAAGCAUCGGAAACUUAAAGCAGUGCGUUUCAUUCGGUGAAUAGCUGAGGAUGUGAAAAAGGUAACUUAUUUUCUUAAUAACAGUAUUAAAUGCAAAAAACAUAAAUAAUUUUGUAAACCGUUAAGAAAUCUUCACGUAAAUUACACAAUAUAAUAAUAAAGUGUGACAAAGUAAAUUUCAGAAAAGAGGCUUGCAGUGGGUAUCAUAAAAAAUUAGGGUGGCUAUGAUAGAUCGAAAAUUAUCAGCAUAGUUGUAUUAACUUGCAAUUUUCUUAUCAGUGAGU